UAAGUGAGAACCAGAAAGGGAUAAAAAAAAAUGAAGAUGGGGAAAGAAAUUGGAUGUUUAUUGGUUCUAAUUGUGUUCACUUUAGCUCAAAAUAUAGAUAAACCAUUUUUAGGACACAAAGUUCUCCGAAUAAAACCGUCCACCCCAGAAGAUGUUCAAACUUUAUCCAAUUUAGAAAACAAUUUAGAGUUAGAUUUUUGGCACAUGCCUCAUUCUGAUGAUGGUCACAUGGAUGUUAGAGUAAAACCAGAAUUUUUACAACAAUUAUUAAAUAAAGUAAAACUUUUAAACUUGGAAUAUCAAGAAAUCAUUCAAGAUGUUCAAAGCUUGGUUGACCACGAACAUAGAAGCGUACGAUCUAAAAGAGCUAUCAGUGAUUUACAAAGUUAUACUACAACCUAUUUGUCGUAUGCACAAAUAAAUGAGUUUUUAGGCAGAGUAGCAAGAGAAAGUGGAUAUUCUCAACAAGUCUAUCUUGGUACCAGCUAUGAAGGUCGACCCACCUAUGCCAUAAAGAUUGGCUAUUCAUCAAAUAACCCUAAUAAACCAGCUAUAUUUAUUGAUGCUGGAUUCCACGCCAGAGAAUGGAUCGCUCCUGCUACAGCAAUAAACUUUAUAUAUCAGUUAGCUAUUAAUCCUAAUGAAGAUUCUCAACUUGAUGAAUUAGUAGAUAAGUUUGAUUUCUAUAUAGUACCUAUUGUUAACCCUGAUGGCUAUGAAUACUCUAGACAAAAUGGUAAUAACAGGUUUUGGAGAAAAACUAGAAGUCAAACUUCCUCUAAAUGUUUUGGUGUUGAUAUUAAUAGAAAUUUCGGUUAUCAGUGGAACCCCAGUGCUGGUGGUUCAAGAUAUCCAUGUUCUGAUUUAUACGCUGGUAACUCCAGUUUUUCUGAAAUUGAAAGUCAAAAUAUUCGAAACUUCAUGAUAAGCAAAAGACCGAAUCUUAAAGGAUAUUUAACCCUCCAUUCGUAUGGUCAAUUCUGGUUGUAUCCUUGGGGUUAUUCAGCAUCUGAUGUACCAUCUGAUAACUCUAUCUUGGAAGCCAUAGCUAGGAAUGCUACUUCUGCUAUGCAAAACAGAUACACAAUAGGACGUUCUGCUGCUGUUCUCUAUGUUGCUGCUGGUGGUUCAGAUGAUUACGCGAAAGGUGCAGCAGGUAUUCCCUAUGCUUAUACAGUGGAAUUACCACCCACUGGAUAUACUAAUCGAGGUUUUGCUUUACCAGUGUCUUCAAUCCCUGGUGUUGCAACAGAUACUUUAAAAGGAUUGAAGGCUUUCUCAUACAGUGUUGCUAAUCGUAUUGGUUUAUCGGCAGCCCCACCAACAACUACCAGAGCACCGUAUGUACCGCCCAAUAACCAAUUGACGAACAAUUACUACCAGUUCUGGUGGAAUCAUUAUUUUGGAAAAUAAAUGCCUUCCAGUGAUUUGGUUCAAAAGCAAUAAAAUGGUUUUUAAAGGGUU